AUGGUGCAACCAAAAUUGACGGCAAAAAAGCACGUACCAAAUAAAGAUGAACCUCGAAGCGAGUACAAUGAACAACUCAGUCUUGCGUUAGCUCUCUCGGCCAGCGAGAAUCCUUCUGAUGAACCAAUAAGUGUACCAGAACCGAAAGCGCAGUCGCUGAGAUCGCGAAAACUGAGACCGAGAUCGUAUUCAUUCAUUGAAAUGGAACCGAGGUCGUGCAGAUGUGAGGUGUUCGAACAGAUUCAGGUGACUGAUUGGUUUGUUGCUCAUUCAUUCCCUUUGAAUAAUUCUUCUGUUCAACCAUAUUUGAACAACUAA